AUGUGUCACUGGGCAGGCGGUGCCUCUAAUACUGGUGAUGCUAGAGGUGAUGUUUUUGGUAAACAGGCGGGGUAAGAUUUGCCGAGUUCCUUUUACUUUUUUUAACCUUUCCUUAUGAGCAUGCCUGUGUUGGGUUGACAGUGAGGGUAAUAAUGACUUGUUGGUUGAUUGUAGAUAUUGGGCUGUUAAUUGUCAGUUCAGUGUUUUAAUCUGACGCAGGCUUAUGCGGAGGAGAAUGUUUUCAUGUUACUUAUACUAACAUUAGUUCUUCUAUAGGGUGAUAGAUUGGUCCAAUUGGGUGUGAGGAGUUCAGUUAUAUGUUUGGGAUUUUUUAGGUAGUGGGUGUUGAGCUUGAACGCUUUCUUAAUUGGUGGCUGCUUUUAGGCCUACUAUGGGUGUUAAAUUUUUUACUCUCUCUACAAGGUUUUUUCCUAGUGUCCAAAGAGCUGUUCCUCUUUGGACUAACAGUUAAAUUUACAAGGGGAUUUAGAGGGUUCUGUGGGCAAAUUUAAAGUUGAACUAAGAUUCUAUCUUGGACAACCAGCUAUCACCAGGCUCGGUAGGUUUGUCGCCUCUACCUAUAAAUCUUCCCACUAUUUUGCUACAUAGACGGGUGUGCUCUUUUAGCUGUUCUUAGGUAGCUCGUCUGGUUUCGGGGGUCUUAGCUUUGGCUCUCCUUGCAAAGUUAUUUCUAGUUAAUUCAUUAUGCAGAAGGUAUAGGGGUUAGUCCUUGCUAUAUUAUGCUUGGUUAUAAUUUUUCAUCUUUCCCUUGCGGUACUAUAUCUAUUGCGCCAGGUUUCAAUUUCUAUCGCCUAUACUUUAUUUGGGUAAAUGGUUUGGCUAAGGUUGUCUGGUAGUAAGGUGGAGUGGGUUUGGGGCUAGGUUUAGCUCAGAGCGGUCAAGUUAAGUUGAAAUCUCCUAAGUGUAAGUUGGGUGCUUUGUGUUAAGCUACACUCUGGUUCGUCCAAGUGCACUUUCCAGUACACUUACCAUGUUACGACUUGUCUCCUCUAUAUAAAUGCGUAGGGGUUUUAGUUAAAUGUCCUUUGAAGUAUACUUGAGGAGGGUGACGGGCGGUGUGUACGCGCUUCAGGGCCCUGUUCAACUAAGCACUCUACUCUCAGUUUACUGCUAAAUCCACCUUCGACCCUUAAGUUUCAUAAGGGCUAUCGUAGUUUUCUGGGGUAGAAAAUGUAGCCCAUUUCUUGCCACCUCAUGGGCUACACCUUGACCUAACGUCUUUACGUGGGUACUUGCGCUUACUUUGUAGCCUUCAUCAGGGUUUGCUGAAGAUGGCGGUAUAUAGGCUGAGCAAGAGGUGGUGAGGUUGAUCGGGGUUUAUCGAUUACAGAACAGGCUCCUCUAGAGGGAUAUGAAGCACCGCCAGGUCCUUUGAGUUUUAAGCUGUGGCUCGUAGUGUUCUGGCGAGCAGUUUUGUUGAUUUAACUGUUGAGGUUUAGGGCUAAGCAUAGUGGGGUAUCUAAUCCCAGUUUGGGUCUUAGCUAUUGUGUGUUCAGAUAUGUUAAAGCCACUUUCGUAGUCUAUUUUGUGUCAACUGGAGUUUUUUACAACUCAGGUGAGUUUUAGCUUUAUUGGGGAGGGGGUGAUCUAAAACACUCUUUACGCCGGCUUCUAUUGACUUGGGUUAAUCGUGUGACCGCGGUGGCUGGCACGAAAUUGACCAACCCUGGGGUUAGUAUAGCUUAGUUAAACUUUCGUUUAUUGCUAAAGGUUAAUCACUGCUGUUUCCCGUGGGGGUGUGGCUAGGCUAAGCGUUUUGAGCUGCAUUGCUGCGUGCUUGAUGCUUGUCCCUUUUGAUCGUGGUGAUUUAGAGGGUGAACUCACUGGAACGGGGAUGCUUGCAUGUGUAAUCUUACUAAGAGCUAAUAGAAAGGCUAGGACCAAACCUAUUUGUUUAUGGGGUGAUGUGAGCCCGUCUAAACAUUUUCAGUGUAUUGCUUUGAGGAGGUAAGCUACAUAAACUGUGGGGGGUGUCUUUGGGGUUUGGUUGGUUCGGGGUAUGGGGUUAGCAGCGGUGUGUGUGUGCUGGGUAGGAUGGGCGGGGGUUGUAUUGAUGAGAUUAGUAGUAUGGGAGUGGGAGGGGAAAAUAAUGUGUUAGUUGGGGGGUGACUGUUAAAAGUGCAUACCGCCAAAAGAUAAAAUUUGAAAUCUGGUUAGGCUGGUGUUAGGGUUCUUUGUUUUUGGGGUUUGGCAGAGAUGUGUUUAAGUGCUGUGGCCAGAAGCGGGGGGAGGGGGGGUUUGGUGGAAAUUUUUUGUUAUGAUGUCUGUGUGGAAAGCGGCUGUGCAGACAUUCAAUUGUUAUUAUUAUGUCCUACAAGCAUUAAUUAAUUAACACACUUUAGUAAGUAUGUUCGUCUGUAAUAUUGAACGUAGGUGCGAUAAAUAAUAGGAUGAGGCAGGAAUCAAAGACAGAUACUGCGACAUAGGGUGCUCCGGCUCCAGCGUCUCGCAAUGCUAUCGCGUGCAUACCCCCCAGACGAAAAUACCAAAUGCAUGGAGAGCUCCCGUGAGUGGUUAAUAGGGUGAUAGACCUGUGAUCCAUCGUGAUGUCUUAUUUAAGGGGAACGUGUGGGCUAUUUAGGCUUUAUGGCCCUGAAGUAGGAACCAGAUGUCGGAUACAGUUCACUUUAGCUACCCCCAAGUGUUAUGGGCCCGGAGCGAGGAGAGUAGCACUCUUGUGCGGGAUAUUGAUUUCACGGAGGAUGGUGGUCAAGGGACCCCUAUCUGAGGGGGGUCAUCCAUGGGGACGAGAAGGGAUUUGA